UGGAAGUAUCUUGGAACUUGGCUUACCAAAAAAGAGGGUUCAUACCCUUUCAUCAAAUGUGUUAAAAAAUUGCAAACAUAGCUUUGAUCACUGCAAUUUUGGUUCCAUUCCCACACUUGGAUGGAACCCAUUUUCUCAAAUCUGUAUCCACCCUAGCAAUUGAAACCCAUCUUCCAAUUUUUUUUGCUAAAAUGCGCCAUUUUGCUAACAUACGCCCACCCUUCAUAUUGACUCUUUAUUUAUAAGCAUGUUAUAUUCAACCCACCCAUAUUCAUUCAUUCUCCCUCUCUCUCAAAUGGGACUUCUUCCAUGUCCUUUGCCUUGCCAUACAAACGAAGAAGAAUCUGAUCCUCAAUCUCAGUCUGAAAGCCUCCAAUCAGAUACAUCAUCAAACACCUCCCUCUACUCUCAACCAAGUCUACCAUCUGUCCCUUCCCUAACACCACCUCCACAACAAAAUGAACCCUCCGCCGCUGCUGCCAACCACCACUGCUUGUCCACCCUCAAAGGCCCCUCCUACGUCUUCGCCCUCUCCCUCGCUGGAAAACACCUCUACACCGGCUAUUCCAACAGCGAUAUUAAUGUAUGCAGCCGUGACCCAUCUACCCUCAAUCAUUCAACUAUGGUAGCCACCGGCCACAGCGCGGUCAAGUCCAUGGUAGUAUUGGGUGAGAAGCUCUUCAGUGCUCACCAAGACCACAAAAUCCGUGUAUGGAAGGUCGAUAAUGACACUCCAAACCACAGAUACAAGUGCAUGGCCGUGCUACCGACGCUCAAUGACCGCGCCACCAGGCUCUUCUCGGCCAAGAACUACGUCCAAGUUCGCCGCCACAAGAAGUGCACAUGGGUUCACCAUGUUGACACCAUAUCGGCACUUGCUCUAUCCAAAGAUGGCUCUGUUUUGUACUCUGUUUCUUGGGACCGGACCUUCAAAGUGUGGCGAACAUCGGAUUUUAAGUGUUUGGAGUCCGUUUGGAACGCCCACGAUGACGCCAUCAACGCUCUGGUUUUGUCGAAUGAUGGGUUUGUUUACACUGGUUCAGCUGAUAGGAAGAUAAAGGUAUGGAAGAAAAAUGAAAGAGAGAAGAAACAUACACUCGUUGACACAUUUGAGAAGCAUAAGUCAACUGUUAAUGCUUUGGCUCUAAGCAAUGAUGGGAGUGUGCUUUAUUCCGGCGCAUGCGACCGGUCAAUAAUUGUGUGGGAGAGAGAUGGUGGUGGUGGUGAUGGUGGUGGAGGAGGGCAUAUGGUGGUGGCAGGUGCACUUAGAGGGCAUACUAAGGCAAUACUGUGCUUGGCGGUUCUGUCAGAUUUGGUGUUUAGUGGGUCAGCAGAUAAAACAGUUAGGGUUUGGAAGAGAGGGGUUGGGAGGAGUUAUUCUUGUUUGGCAGUGUUGGAGGGGCAUAAUGGUCCAGUCAAGUCUUUGACUGUAGCUGUGGAUACUAUAAACACUUCUGGAUCUGGCUCUUCUUAUUUGGUUUAUAGUGGGAGUUUGGAUUGUGAUAUUAAGGUUUGGCAAAUAUGGGUACCCUUUUGAUGAUUUUCCUCCCCUUUUUUUUUUCUUUUUUUUUUUUUUUUUGACUUUGUAAAAAAGAAUGAUAAAGUUAUACUUGGUGUACUUUUAGACUGUAAAGUCUGAGAUUUUUUAUUUACAUUACUUUUAGAUUUCUUAAUC